AUGAUGCCAGUAUUAUCUGUGGAAUCUUCAUCACAUUUGAGUGUCAGAGAUGAGAGCCCCCCAAACUCCUCCCCCAAUGAUGGUGUCCAUGAGCCAACAACUACCACCAUGACCUCGACCACGAUCACCACCAGCUCGUCAUUUGUUCGGGAUCAAGAGACGACAACCAUCACCAACAUCCUCUUUCCCAACAAACAACAACAACAACAACAACUACAAUAUCAAACAGUUGUAACAAUUGAUUUUGAUAAUGAUCUUCCACCAUCGUCGUCACAUCCGGUUGAUGAAGAUGGCCCCGCCGCGGUUCCCCAACUACAUCAUUCCAUCCCCGUGUCCAAUGGUCAUGAGGUGCUAUUCCCUCCUUCAACUAUGUUGACAACAUUGCCAUCAGGUCCCAAUACUGAUGAAUAUAUCGUCACCAAUCAUGGAGUCACUCUUCUCUUCCAUUUCCGCCACUAUAACCUGCCAAUGAAGGAACUGUCCGAGAAGUUCAAAACUAUUAUACUCCGGGUAAUUUAUGGUUUCACCAAGAAAGAAGUUAAGGAGUUUCUUCAAAAGAAGUUUGAGUUUCCUUCUCACUCAAAUGCUAGAUUGGACAAGAAGCUCGGUGAAUCGACCAUUAGUCGAUUCCACCAACUAAUUCAUGAGUGUUGGAUCCUUGCGACCUAUCGAAGGAACCAAAACGAUCCAAUACUUGAGGUAUUCUGGGAGGUACUCAAGGCUCAGAGUGUCUUGGAUGGUACUCGGUUUAUCCGUUGGCCAACUCUCCGAUGUGGUGGGUUGAAGCCUCUCGAGGAAUCAGUUCCAGAGGAACUAUACAGAAAGUAUCUUGGUCUAUUCAACAAUGGUAUUCACUUCAAUUGUUCUAGACUAGAGUCCAGAAGAGAUGCAAAUACCGAUGGUCAUAUCUAG